AUGAAUGGCAUUGAGAUGCAAACUGGGAGCCUACCUCGAGGAAAGAAGCGACCCAGGCCUCACAGUCCCUCCGAUACCGCGGAGGCCAAGAGUAAGCUCAGACCAGACCAAGGCUCUGCAGUCUCCGAGGGCACCAAUGGCCGUGGCGAAACGAGAAGGUCCAACCCAUCCCGCGGAGCUUUACCUCCUCCUCGAGGACUUUCCUGCAAAGGCCCUGUCCCUGAAGCGGACCAAUCAGAGGAUGCGGAGUUGCGGCUCGGCUGCUUUGAGAUGCAAACAACAGAAGUAAAGCGUCUCAGGCCGAACAGUCCAUCAGUGAAGGCACCGCUGGCAGCUGCUCCAAAGCCACCAGCGCCUGGCCCAAAGCCAAAGCCCCCAGUGCCCAAGGUGGAUGUGGAAGCAGCCCAGCUUGCCAAGGAGCAAACCCAACGCCGUGAGCGGGAGUACUUCAAGCCUUAUAUAGGUGAGCCUUGUGGCCCUGAGAAUCGAUUUUUGGUCGAAGGACCCCUGGGCAGAGGUUCCUUCAGCAGUGUUUUCCGCUGCUCUGAUACCAAAGGUCGUGGGAAGGAGUAUGCUGUGAAGUUUAUUCGAGACAACCCUGGUUUGCGUAAAGCCACAGAGGCUGAAGUUCGGCUGAUGCGGCGCAUCAGAACCAAGGCGGUUGAGAAGGAUUCGGAAGGGGCCAACUGCUUGCUGGGCCUCGCUGGGGUAGAGACGUUCAUGCACCAUGGGCACUUGGCGUUGAUCUUCCAUUUGCAGCGUUAUGACUUGCGCACGGCCCUCCGGCGCCUGGGAGAACGCCGAGGCUUUCCGCUGCAGGACUUGGAGCGAUAUGCUGGGGAUUUGUUUCUCGCAUUGCGUGCUCUUCGUGCCAUCAGGAUCAUUCACACAGAUAUCAAGCCAGACAACCUCUUGAUGUCUUUGGACAAAAAGUCGGUGAAACUAUCCGACUUUGGUUGUGCGAUUGAUACCCAAGACGAAGUGCAAAUCAAACACAUCCGGAGAGCUUAUGCCAGCAGUUAUCGUGCUCCAGAGAUCAUUCUGGGGCAAUCGUACAGUACCCGAGCAGAUAUGUGGAGUGCUGCGGCAACACUGUUUGAGCUGGCAGAUGGACGAGUGCUAUUUGCGGAAAGCUCCAACAAUACUAUGCUUUAUGACAUGCUAAAGACGUGCGGGCCUUUCAAAAAGGCAUUCGCAACAGUGGGAAAAAAUUCUUUGAAACACUUCAGCAUUGAGGGUGACUUCAAGAGAAGAAAGACUGACGGCAACGAGCAACUACUGCCCAUGCGCCGAUUUGCAAAGCCGGCCAAGCCUCCACUUCUGUCGCGUUUGCGAGAAAAGUUGGAGGAUGUGCGGCUGGAUCAUUUCGCUGGUCUUCUAAGCAAAUGUUUGGUGCCGGAACCUGCGCAGCGACUGGCUCCUGAAGAUGCUCUACAGCAUGACUUUUUGAGGAGCUCUCGAUGA